UUUAAACAAAUUUGGAUUUUUACUUCAAAAAUACUAUUGUAAUAAGUUAAAAAGAAGACAAUUGGUGUUUUUCAGACACAUUCAAAAGUUUUCACUAUGAAAUUUCGGGGGAAAAUGGUUGAAAUAUCAAGUAUUCAGCAUUUUACAAGAAUCCUCCAUACAAUUUCGAAAAUGAAUAAGACUGCUGUGUUAAGAAUUGUUCCUACCCAUUUGUACUUUGUAUUUAAUGAAAGAAUAACUACAGGCGGUACAAGUUUAUGGUGUGAAAUUCCCGAGGAUCAUUAUUUUUGUGAAUUCAAUAUGGAAGGACUAUCAGAAGAGUGCAACGAAAUUUAUUUAGAAUUUCAGCUAGACAAUUUGGCCACUGCUUUUAGAUCUGCUCAGGCUGCAAAAUCUGUGAAACUUAAACUAACAAAGAAGCAUGUUCCAUGUCUCACUUUGGAAGUUGAACUGCCAUCUUUGCAUUCUCACUCAAGAGUCGUGGUUCAUGAUGUCCCUGUUCUGGUUAUUCCUAGGAGACUAUGGGAACAAUUUCAAGAGCCUACGAUGAUACAGUAUGAUGUAUCAAUUUAUAUGCCUUCAAUGAAAGUGAUGAGAAGUGUUGCUGAAAGAAUGAAAAAUAUUGGAACUUUCAUGACAAUGUCAGCAAGCUCAGAUGGGGAGAUUCAUCUAAGGUGUGAAACGGACACUGUUACCAUAACCACUCAUUUUAAAGAUUUGAAUCUAACCUCAGUUGCAGCUGCACCAGAUGGAAACAGGCAAUUAGCCGAAUGCAGGAUAGAUGUUCGUAAAUUCAACCAAUUUCUGAUGGGUCAACAAAUUAAUCCUGCCAAAGUCGUUUGCAACAUUACUCAUCAUCAAAUGGUGCAAUUUUUCUUACUGCAUGAUGACGUAUCAAUCCAGUAUUUCCUGCCCUGUGUUGUGGCUUGACAACAACAUUCUUUUGUAAAAUACUAUUGAAAUAUGUUGUUAAACAAUUAUUGUAUAAAACUGUAUUUGUUUUUCACAGUGUACAGCUUAUAUCUUUUGUAUAUUUGUGUAUGUACAUAUUUUUUACCAU